AUAGUUUCACUGGUUUGAAAUUCGCAGAAAAAAAGUUUCACUGCAGGUAGUAAGGUAAAGGUAUCUGAAGCCAUAUAGCUUUUCAGAUACUUCCCGGUGUACCCAACUGACUGUAAUUUAAUGAAUGUAAGGCAGCACCCACGUGGUUUGACCGUGGCGACUGCAGAUUCUUUUGUUCAAAAUCAAUCAAAAAACGAGGAAGACGGACAGACACGAGAGAAGCAUCAGAAUCAGGAAACCAGUCGGUCGCUUACCAUCCUCCAACUUUAUUUACGGCAUCAUAAAGUUAGCUUUGUAGUUAACUCAUUAGCUAGUGUCUUUAAAACGGAGAGGGAAACUUUUUCAUCAGCAUAUUGCGUUCAAGAAAAUCCGAGCCACAAUGCCCCGCAAGAAGGUGACUGAUGUCUCAGGGAAUGGAGGAACAAAAAGGAAGAGAUCAGGAGGCCGUAAGAAAGACAGGGAGUUCAGCAGCGACGACGAGUUUGAUGACUUUGAGCAAGAGAACACUAAGAAGCCAGGCAGGACCGUCCCAAAGACAGGCCUGCAACCUAUCACUGUGGCCGAUGACGUGAAAGAAAAGAUUAAACUCGAACUUCCCAAAGGCAAGGGUCAACUGGUCAUUUUCGGAGCCACCAACUGGGACCUGAUUGGGAGAAAGGAGGUGCCAAAACAGCAAGCUGCUUACAGGAACUUGGGCCAGAACCUGUGGGGGCCUCAUCGCUAUGGAUGCCUUAAUGAUGUGCAGGUCAGCACUGUCGUGUCGGGGCCCUGUGCUGCUCACAGCCUCCUCAUCACCGUAGAUGGAAAACUGUUUAGUUGGGGUCGUAAUGAGAAGGGCCAACUGGGACAUGGGGACACCAAACGCUUGGAUGCCCCCAAACUGGUGGAGGUGCUUGCCAAGGAAGUGAUCGUGUCCGCUGCCUGUGGACGUAACCACACUCUGGCUCUUACAGAAACCGGUACUUGCUACUCAUUUGGAGAGAACAAACUUGGACAGCUCGGUCAGGGCAGUCAGACAGAUGCAGUUCUAAGCCCUGCCACAGUGCUGUACAAUGGACAGCCCCUGGUCAAGGUGGCAUGUGGGGCAGAGUUCAGCAUGGUUGUGGACUGCAAGGGCAACAUCUACUCCUUCGGAAUGCCAGAGUAUGGCCAGUUAGGCCACAAUUCAGAUGGGAAGUUCAUUGCUCGGGCUCAGCGCAUUGAGUUUGACUGUGAGCUCAUCCCUCGACGGGUUGCCAUCUUCAUUGAGAAGACAAAGGACGGGCAGGUGCUACCUGUGCCCAACGUGGUUGCACGGGAUAUAGCCUGUGGUGCCAAUCACACGUUGGUGAUGGACUCCCAGAAGCGCGUGUUCUCGUGGGGCUUCGGAGGCUAUGGGCGUUUAGGACACGCAGAGCAAAAGGAUGAGAUGGUGCCACGUUUAGUCAAGCUCUUUGACUUCCCAGGCCGUGGGGCCUCUCAGAUAUACUGUGGAUAUCAGUGUUCCUUUGCUGUUAGUGAGCUGGGGGGGCUCUUUUUCUGGGGCAUCACCAACACCUCUCGGGAGUCCACCAUGUACCCUAAAGCUGUGCAGGACCUGAGUGGAUGGAAGGUCCGCAAACUCGCUUGCGGCAAGAGCAGCAUAAUCAUCGCUGCUGAUGAAAGCGUCAUCAGCUGGGGUCCCUCUCCCACCUUUGGGGAACUGGGGUAUGGAGACAACAAGCCCAAGUCUUCCACCACAGCCCAGGAGGUUAAAAGCUUGGAUGGGAUCUAUGCAGAACAGGUAGUGAUGGGCUAUGCACACACCUUAGUUAUUGCCCGUCAUGAGUCAGAGGAGGAACAAGAGAAGCUGAAGAAGCUACCAGAGUACAACCCCCGCACACUCUGAACGAGGCAGACUCUCUCAACCUCACUCUUUCUGGGGUUCUUCUCUCCCAGAAGGAACUGAAUCUGGCCAGACAGGGCCAACACCCUGAGAUAAUUUGUAUAGUUAAUAAUUGGGUCGGGUCAGUGUAGGGGAGGGUUAUUUGUUCAGGCAUCAGUUACAAAUACAUUGGCAAGAGAAAAUCAGAUUUAAACUUCAAUUUGAAUCAAAUCUGGAGAAAGUAAUGCUGCAAUAAGUGGUUAUGGUAUAAGCUGAGCAUCAUGUAUUGGGGGUAUUGUUUCCUACCAGCAUUCAUGUGUGUGCAAAGCCACUGACUACUGCUGGUAAGGGAAAAUCCAGCCUCUGUUCCCUCCCAGCACUUACUACUCAGUGGAAUUCCCCCUUUUUUACUCCCUCUUCUUCUACAUUCCCAAUGGAAGUCCCAACACAGCAUCCUAGUUUUGUCGUCUUACGUUUUUUGGGUUUUUAACAGUCGGUGUAGUCUUUGAAAUGUUUUACGAAAUGAUCGGUGUCUCCCUUUUCCAAACACGCGGUGCUACAUUAUAAAGACACAGACUGUCACCAGGCGCAAAGGUCGUCACUGGGAUCACUCGGACCAACACUCCGGAUCUGUGCCUUUAUGUGAUGUAUUUAAGGGUAUGGCUGUUUCUGUUGUCACACACACACACGUUUUAUUAGCGUUGAAAAUCAUUUCCCUUGGCAAUGAUGGGUCGUUGGCUAUUCUUUUUUUUUUUUUUUCCUGUGCUUCAAAAUAUUGUCCCUGUGUCUUGUCAAGUUUGUGCAAUCUGGGUGAAGGCUUGAUUUUUGCCACCUUUUUAAGCUCCACAUUCUACCUUUGUCCGAGCUAGGUUUGGAGGCUCAUACCUCAAGUUCCUUUGAACCUGUUAUUUAAGUGCUUGGUUUGAGGUUACAGGUUGAGAUUGCCAAUGAACGGAUGAAGAAAUCCAGGGAAAAAGUACAGUUUUACUGUUGUUAGCUUCCAUUAAACUGUUAUUUGUUAUCAGCUGUGUGUCCUUGGGGUUAAUACAGUAUGUGUAUUCUUUUUUCAAUUUGUAAAACAUCUUGUUUUUCAUGAAAAUGUUAAAUAAAGAUUAAUGUAAAUUGGUUAAAAAAAA